UUUCUUUUCAAACCAAUUAUCAAAACCUUCUUAAAAACAAACCAAUCUUGCAAUCAUAUUCAAAAAUACAAAUAUGGCUGAAGUCCUAGUUAGUGCUCUCGUGACUGUUCUGGUUGAUAAGCUAUACUCUGGUGCCUUGAUGAAUUUUGCUCAAUCUCAAGGAAUCGAUUCUCAGUUAAAAAAGUGGAAGACAACUUUGCCCAUGAUCCAAGCUAUGCUUGCUGAUGCAGCCCAAAAGCAAAUAACACAAAAACCUGUUGAAUUGUGGCUAGUUGAGCUCCAGGAUUUGGCUUAUGACAUUGAGGAUGUACUUGAUGAUAUGGCCACUGAAGUUAUGAAGCGAAAUUCCCAAGAAUCUAAAGGAAACACAAGUAGUAAGGUACUUAAGAUUAUUCCAACUUGUUGUACUACCUACACUCCUCAUAACAUCAUGUAUAGUCGUAAUAUUAGCUCCAAGCUAGAUGAAAUUACCACUAGAUUACAUUAUCUUUCCGAGCAGACAAAUAUUUUGCGUUUAAAUGUGAAUGGUGAAACAUCAACUAGAACUAAUAAACGAUUAGAGGAAACUUCACUAUUGCCUGAUGUGUCUGAAAUAUUUGGUCGGGAUGGGGACAAAGAGGCAUUGUUGGAGAAAUUGUUGAAGUAUGAAGGAUCAUGUAGUACUCAAAAUGUGAGCAUUGUGUCGAUAGUUGGUAUGGGUGGGAUUGGGAAAACAACUCUUGCGAGACUUUUGUACAAUGACCCAAAAGUGGAGGAUCACUUUAAGCUCAAGGCAUGGGUUUGUGUUUCUGACGAGUUUGAUGUAUUCAAUAUUAGCAAGCAAAUAUAUCAAGCUGUAGUUGGGGAGGACAAAACAUUUACCAGUCUAGAUCUACUUCAUGUAGCUCUAACAGAAGAACUAUCAAAGAGAAGGUUCCUACUUGUUCUAGACGAUGUUUGGAAUGAUGACCAACACAAGUGGGAAGCCCUCAAACGACCUCUUGUAGGGGAAACAGGAAGUAAAGUUAUUGUGACGACCCGGAACACCUUGGUUGCAUCGAUAAUGAACUCGAUUCAGACUCAUAAUCUGGGGUUAUUGAAAGAGGAGGUUGCUCUGUCUUUGUUUGCUAGGUAUGCACUUGAAGAUAAAAACUUUGAUAAACAUCCAUCGCUUUCUAUGAUUGCUCGAGGUAUCGUUAAGAAGUGUGGUGGUUUGCCUUUGGCUUUGGUAACAAUUGGGAGGGUCUUAAAGACAAAGGGAAAUGAUGUUGUUGAAUGGGAGGAGUUGCUCAACAGUGCGAUAUGGAGUUCACACAAUGGAAGUGGUAUUCUUCCAGCACUCAAGCUGAGCUACUACCAUCUCCCUUCACAUCUAAAGCAACCGUUUGCAUAUUGUUCCUUGUAUCCAAAGGACCACGAGUUUGAUAAGAACAAGCUUGUCCUCAAGUGGAUGGCACAAGGGUUUCUGUCCCAAACAAGGGGCGACAAAUCAAUGGAGGUAUUAGGUCAUGGGUAUUUUGAAGAGCUGUGUUUAAGGUGCUUUUUUCAGCCUUCAACGAUUGGCAAAUCACGAUAUAUAAUGCAUGACUUGAUGAAUGACUUGGCGAAAAGCGUUGCAGGAAAGUUUUUCUUUAUGUUGGAUGAUAAGAUUGAUACAAAUGGCCAGAACGAAGAUUUUGAGAAGUUUCGUCACUUUUCAUUCAUUGGCCAACGACAUCCUGAAUAUAGAAAGUUUAUGGAAUUACAAAGAGCUAGAUGUUUACGAACCAUUUUACCUCUUAAUAAUAGAGGAAAAUUUAAUAGAUUGGACAAUGUUCUUGUCAAAUUACUUACUCAAUUAAAGUUCCUAAGAGUAUUGAGCUUAACUCAUAGUUCAAUAACAAAGGUACCAAGAUCCAUUGGUAAUCUCAAGCAUUUACGAUACCUUAAUUUUUCCUCAACUGACAUCAAACACUUGCCAAAACAAGUCAGUGAACUUUUUAAUCUACAAAGCUUGUUGGUUCGUGAUUGCCAUAAGUUAUCUAGUUUGCCAACAAGUUUAGUAAAGCUGAAAAACCUGAGACAUCUUGACAUGAGGAAGACACUAUCAUUAAAGAAGUUGCCUUUAGGGAUCGGUGGGUUGACGAGUCUACAAACAUUAUCCAAGGUUGUAAUCCAAGAAGAUAACGGGUUUAAAAUAUCUGAGCUCAAGGGUCUAAAGGAUCUUCAAGGUGAACUUUCCAUUGAGGGGUUGGAGAAAGUGAUAGAUCCAACCGAAGCAAAGGAUGCCAAUUUACAACAAAAGAAUGGCCUUGAUAAUUUGGAAUUGCUAUGGGGAGAUGCUACGACUAAUGAACAUGACAUAAUUGAAAAUCUAAGGCCCCACUCUAAGUUGAAAACACUGAGUAUCAAUGGGUAUGGGGGAGUGACAUUUCCUAGUUGGCUUGGGGAUCCUUCAUUUGAUCAAUUAUCAGAGCUUGUGUUAAAUGAAUGUAACAACUGUACAACAUUUGCAACACUUGGGCAUUUGACUUCACUUAGGAAGUUGGAAAUAAUUGGAUGUUCAAAGCUGGAAUCAAUUAAGGGAGAGAAAGAGGUGGUUAAUGUGGGGAGUAACAUCAUGGGAUCUCUUAGACAAGUGACUCUUUCGGGCUGUCAUUCACUACAGAGUUAUGACUGUCCAAAUAGUGUAGAGCAAUUGGAUAUAUGGAACUGUUCAUUAAUGACAUCAUUGAGCUUCUCUGGAUUGCAAGAGGACCUCCCAUCAUCAUCAUCAUCAUCAUCUUCUAAUUUGAAGUUUCUUACAAUCUAUAAUUGCAAGAAUAUAAAUUCAAUGGAAGAGAAAGAGGUGGUUAAUGUGGAGAGUAGCAUCAUGGGAUCUCUUAGACAAGUGAGACUUAGUGCUUGUCAUUCGCUAGAGAGUUAUAGAUGUCCAAAUAGUGUUAAGAGGUUGGAUAUAUGGAAUUGUUCAUCAAUGACAUCAUUGAGCUUCUUUAAGUUACAAGAUGACCUCCCAUCCUCCUCCUCCUCCUCCUCCUCCUCCUCCUCCUCCUCCUCCUCAUCAUCAUCAUCAUCAUCAUCAUCAUCAUCAUCAUCAUCCUCUAAUCUGACAUAUCUUACAAUCUAUAAUUGCAAGAAUAUAAAGUCAAUUUCCCAAGAGUAUUUGCAAAGUUUUACAUUGUUGGAAGAGAUGUAUAUAUAUAAAUGUCCAAGUAUGGAUGACUCAUUUCCAUCGUGUUCGUCGUGGCCUCCUAACAUAAGAAAGUUGUCAAUAGGAGAAUUAAAAAAGCCAAUGUCCGAGUGGGGACUACAAAAUUUCCCAUCCUCUCUUGUUCAAUUAUUCUUAUACGGAAAAAAUUCGGGAGUGGUUUCAUUUGGAAUAAUGGAAAAAGAAGAUGAUAAUAAUACGAGUUCAGCGUGUUUUCUUCUUCCAUCAUCUCUAACUGAACUAUCAAUUCGCAAAUUCGAGGAAGUGGAGUCAAUUUCAAAGGUCUUACAAGACCUCCCUCACCUUCAACAACUUCGUAUUGUUAAAUGCCCGAAGCUCACAGAUGUGCAAACAACCUUUUCAUCUUUAAGGGUAUAUGUCAGAUAGUAGAAAAGGAAGGCAUUGGAGGUGUAUUGGGAUAUGCCCUGUUUUAUUAUUAACAUCAUGGGAACAUUGUGAUGAUGUUACAAAAAAUAACAAACCUGGAACGACCAACAAACUCACGAUCGAGGAGUUGUACAUUUGCCAUUGUUUUUGCAAAACUUCUGAGAUUCCUGAAUGAAACCACGGGUUAUGGUGAUGGCAAAUUGGCAGUAAUACAUUUUGCUAUAUACAAUUUUGAUGAAGGUUUCAUUGGUGUGGUCACUCUCUGUCUCAUUGAUGUUGGGUUAUAAGAAUAUCGCAAGAGUAAAAGUCGGGCUAUGUAUGCAUAUGUUAUGUUAUUUGUAUGUGUUGUAGUGUGCCUUUUUUGGUUUUCUGUCCCAAAGAUACUGUAGUUGUUUAGAAGUUGCAAAAUCUGUUUACAGUGAUCUCUGUUAUUGUAAACUGUAAAGUAAUCCUUU